AUGGGUAAAAAAUGUCGUUGCGUUGAGGUUCAUGUUAAGAACCUUGUGGCUCCACAUCCAUCGAGAUGCUUAAGGAACAUAGAUAGAAAGCAUGUUGAUGCUUUGAAAGAGUCGUUCAAAAUGAGACCAGAACACAAUAUUAUUUUCUUUGGGAUUGUUUUCAAAGAAAAUAUUGACCUGAAGGAAUUGUACAAGAGUGGUUCACCUGAAAUCGAAACUAUUGGUGGCAAUCAUUCAAGAAUAGCUCUUCAGGAGCUAUUUGAUGAAGGGCUAUUGAAGACACCGAGAAUAUACAUAAAUCUGUAUAAAAACCUGACUGACACUGAGGCCCUUAAACUUGGCUUCGACCACAAUGUUUGUCACGAAUUGGGGAAACCUACCUCAGCAUCAGAAAUGCUAUUUCUCUUCAGAAGAGAACUUCUGAAGAAAUUGACAGAAGAAGAACUGCCCACACCCAAGGCGUCCAAAAUAAAAAUGUGGAAGGAGACAUGUGCAUCGAUACUAGGGAUAAAAAAAACAAAACUGCAUAAUGUAUACCAUUGUAUGUUAGCAUUAUGUAUGUCUUCUAAGGAGGGUUGGAAACUCAUUGAAGAUUUUGUGUCUUCGUGGAAGUCCAAUGAACUUAAAAAAAAACCGAAAGGGGAGAUCAAGAAGACCCACUUCACCAAAAUGAGUGGGGCAGCAGAGAAAGAUAGAAAUUCCUUGCUUGUCCAGUUGGUGGAGGGGAAAAUUGAUUGGGAGGAAUUCAACAGGAGCUGCACCUCCAAAAAGUAA